AUGGACCGACACGAGCCAACCUUCGCGAAGAUACGAGACAGGUCAUACAGUCUGGAAGAAAGCGAGGAUGUUUCAGUCACUCUCUCAUGCGAUUUAGUAAGCUUGGAUCAAGACUCUCCAUUACUUGGAUCUGGACAUCUCGGAGAUGUAAAAAUACCCAGAUUCCAUCACCAUGCUCAAGAUCAAGAAUCUUUCCAACCCGCGCAGAAAAGUACUGAGGAACACGAUAGUUUCUACACACCUGCAAACGGUAAAUUCUACCUCGCCAGGCCCUACACCCAGCUCAAAUCGCAGCUCAAAGAGUUCAGAUUGCUCCGAGUGCACCCGCGACAACCGUUGUGGCAGCAUUAUGACAAAAACACGAGUUGGAACGCGAGCCAUGCGUCCAAGCUGAAUAGAAACCAGGAAAUACUUGCAUGUGAAAUGGAGAAGACUUCGCUUAUGAGGGUCGGCGACAACUAUACCACUCUGUCGUACUGUGCAGGUGAUCCGCACAAGACAGCUAUAAUUCUUGUUGAUGGUAUCCCCUUCAAUGCGUUUGCGAACCUAGAGCACGCGAUCGACAGGCUAUGGGCUCACUGGACGUCCACUCACCCCAGGGAAGAACCGCUACUGUUAUGGGCUGAUCAGAUUAGUAUUAACCAAAGCGACAAAGAUGAACGCUCACAGCAGGUUCAGAUCAUGCGCGACAUCUAUCGCCGAAGUUCCGAGACCUAUGUCUGCUUGUCUGUUCCAACUAUCAAAGAUUGCUUAUCGUGGACGCCUGGAAUCCUUGCCUGCUCCAACCUAAAGGAUGCGAUGCCGUCGCGUAGGGAGGCAGACCAGGGCGUGAAAUUAUUGCAACAUUUAUUGCUAGAGCUUCUCAGAGGGGGGAACAAAGGCGCAAAGUCACGCGCGAUCGCAUCCGAGCCUACAGCUGUCGUUGACUUGGUUCCAAAUGAUGAAGAGUCAUUAGGUGGAGUUUCUAUCACGACUUUCCAAACUAGUUUAGCAUCAUUCAUCACCAACUCGUGGUGGCGAAGAUCUUGGGUAUACCAAGAGUUUCUCUCUGCCAACUCUAUCUACUUCAUGUCGGGAUCUAUCACCUUACGAUGGCACGACUUAUCUCCACUCGUCGAGUUCGUCUGCAAUGGGCUGGAACAGUUCACAGAAGAUGUUCGUAAGCACUUUGAGUCACAGGUGACCGAGGAGAUGGAAUCCAAGCAUCGCGAAGAGCUGGAGAUUGAACGAAGUCUAUGGAGAGAAGAGAAAGAAAGGCUGCUGCGAAAGAAACAGCAGAGACUUCGAGAAGAACAAGAGAGAAAACGUACCUUUGAAGAGGCAAAGCGGCAUAAGCAGUAUGAAGAACAACAGAAAAGGCGCAAGGCCGAAGAGCACAUGGCAGCCCAAAUUCGGUUGCAGGAGCGUGAGGAGAGAUACAGGCAAGAGCAAAGACGUUACGAUGAAGAAAGUUUAUCGCAGUGGAACGCAGCAUGCGAGCAGCAGCGACAUCAAAGGAAGGAGUUUGAGAAAAAACAGCGUGACGAUGUGUUCCAAGAGAGAGUUCGCCUGAGCUACCAGAUGAAAUCUAUUACAAAGGUUCUGCAUCCAAUGAAGGUCGUGCGACUUCAUCGGCGGCUCAAAAAGCUUGGUCGCUUCGGGCUCGAAGUCAUGAAGCCUAUAGACGACCAAAUACAGAUAGUCAAGCAAGCUGCAGCGAUUGGACGCAGCGCCAAGGCCGAGAAGAAACUCAAUCAGAGGUGUGGAUGGCGAUUGCACGCACCAGAACGCGUUCAUGCCCUCCACACAUUGGACAAAGUGCCCGAAAUGUCGAACGACUUUGUACCCAGCACAAUUACACCGCCCAUGAAACCAAAGUUGUCGCUGUCACUUCUAACCCCGCAUCUCAUCCAAGGUGAGAAUUCGACAGACUCACAGAGCAGUCGCAUAUACCACGCAAGUAAUGCUCGAGAAGUGCGUUCUGCAGAUCGACAGCUCGGAUCGAGAACGGCAGCGAUUCGAGCUUGGGACCGCUACCCGACACCAGUACCACCUUCAAACCCGGAAGCGAACGUGGAAGAUGCCAGACUGUCGCCAAUAUCUUCACACGACGCAAGCGAAAUCAUCGAGGAAGAAGCCUUGCCCGACCGCCGAGACAUCAGUCGUGUGAGACUAGGGGGUCAAGAGAUCGAACGACGCGAUAAAAUCACUCGCUUGCAGGAUGAAUUCCGUCGGCUCGACAGAUCCGCACUGGCAUCAAUCGUCAAAGGGAAGAAGGACUUCCGGCGCCAUUCCGAUUUGGUGGUUCUUCUGCAACACUCUCGGAAUUGCUUAGCAUCAGACUCUCGUGAUAGGAUCUAUGCAUUCAUUGGACUCGCAGAACCCGGCUACAAUAUUAUACCCAGCUACGAAGGUACUAAUAAGCUAGAGCAUGUCUUGAUCCAGACUGCUAAGAGCAUCAUACGUCGCGACAAGUCACUCCGUGUUCUCGAGCAUGUACAUCGUGGUCGCGCGAAUCUAGGCGUAAGACUACCUUCGUGGGUUCCAGACUGGACGAGCAAAGAGACGAUGUAUGGCAUUGAUAACCAUGAGUGGGACAAGGCGACUCCCUUCAAUGCGGGUAACGACACCAAUGCACUCUACCAGUUCCAGAGCCAUGCCGAAGAUGACUUGUACGAGUAUCUGAACGUCAAGGGUGUGGUUGUGGGCGAGAUCGAAAGGAUUGAGGAGCCGAAGUUUGAUCAUGUGUCUUCGCUUAUACUGUCCGGUGGAGCUUGGGUCUUUGGUCCAAGGGCUGCUCGGGAAGGUGACGAGGUUUGGGUUAUGUAUGGCGCGAGAAGACCGGCAGUGCUAAGAAAUGAGGGCGUAGACAGAUACAGUUAUCUUGGCGAUGCUGUGAUAUGUGAGGAUACUGAGUAUACCGGACAUGAUGCUUUCUCGGCUAUCAUGUAUGGACAGUUGGUGGAGGAUGUGAACUCAGGAAAAGCUACGGCGAGCGAGGCCUGGCUUGUAUAG